AUGUCUACUACCUUACAUGGGAGACGGAAUAUUGAAGGCUUGGACAUAAAGAGGGUAAAGGAACUGGGAGCAAAAGAGUUUUAUGGUGGUACUGAUCCUGCUGAGGCUGAUGCUUGGCUUACAGAUGUCGAGCGAAUAUUUGAAGUUCUCCAGUGUCCUGAUGGAGAUAAGGUUCGCUUGGCCACCUUCCUGCUAAAGGGGAAUGCAUACCAUUGGUGGAAGACAGUUCGAAGAGGGUAUGCAAACCCUGCUGUCAUUACUUGGGAAGAGUUCCAAAGGGCAUUCUUUGAUCAGUUCUACCCGCAUACUUACAAGACUACGAAGAAGUCUGAGUUUCUGCAUCUGAGGCAGGGUUCCAUGUCAGUGUUCGAGUAUGAGCACAAAUUUAAUGAGUUGCCCCGGUUUGCACCUGAGUUGGUAACCACAGAGGAAGAUAAGUGCAUUCGUUUUGAAGAAGGUAUGUGGCUAGAUAUUCAAGCGGUGGUCACUGCUACAACGUAUCCUACCAUGAGAGCCUUGGCCCAAGUAGCAGACAGGGUGGCGAAGAAGUACAGUCUAGGUGCCGGUAUUGGUAGGCGUCGCAGAGACUCAUCUGGUUUUGGUGGGCCCAGUCAGGGUCCAUCAAAGAGGGUGGUUGGUCUGGAUGACGUGGGACCGGUUCCGGCAGUGGGGGGUUUGGCUCUCGACCACUCUGGAACCAGUCCUUGGGACAACAAUCGGUGGGUAGUACAGCCAGGGAUCCUCAAUGGCAGUUUACUGCAACCUGUUAUAGGUGUGGGCAGGCAGGACAUGUUAGGAAGGAUUGCCCAAACCGUGGGCAGGCUAGUGGCUCUGGGUCAGACACAGAGUGGUUCAUCCUCGUCUGCAGCGUCGUCAUCGAGUAGUGGAGUGCGGUCCACUUUUCAGGGCAGAGGCAAUAGGGGUCAGAAGAGUCAGUCUGGACGCUCUACUACACAGGCCUGUGUAUUCUCAAUGACACAGCAGGAGGCGCAGGCUACACCCGAUGUUAUCACUGGUAUGAUCCCUAUUUUUGGUUACUUUGCUCGUGUUUUGAUAGAUCUCGGGGCCAUCCAUUCUUUCAUCGCCCAUAGUUUCUUACCUUAUGCCAGUGUUAGACCGACACCCAUGGCAGAGAAUUUUAGUAUCUCAUUGCCUACGGGCGAUGUUCUGUUUGCGGACAUGGUUUUCAAGGACUGUUAUGUCCAAUUGACCUUGACAUUAUCUUGGGAAUGGAUUGGCUGGAAAAGUAUCGUGCAUGAGUGGAUUGUUUUCGCCAUAAGGGCAAAACGGUUACUCAAGAAGGACUGUGUGGGAUACUUAGCUCAUAUCAUUGAUACUCAAGGGUCCACUCUGAAUUUGGAAGAUAUUCCUGUGGUUUGUGAAUUUUCAGAUGUCUUUCCUGAUGAUCUUCCUGGUUUGCCUCCCAAGAGAGAAACCGAAUUCACUAUUGAACUUCUUCCAGGAACGAAUCCAAUUCAUCAAGCUCCUUAUAGAAUGGCACCAGCAGAGUUGCGUGAGUUGAAUACUCAAUUGCAGGAGUUGGUGGAUCUCGGGUUCAUUCGACCUAGUGUUUCCCCUUGGGGUGCACUGGUAUUAUUUGUAAAGAAGAAGGAUGGAAGCAUGAGGCUUUGUAUCGAUUACAGGCAAUCGAACAAGGGGACAGUGCGUAAUCGAUAUCCUUUGCCUCGAAUUGACGACUUGUUUGAUCAGUUAAAGGGUGCCAAGUACUUUUCCAAGAUUGAUCUAAGAUCGGGAUAUCAUCAACUCAGAGUACGGGAUGAUGAUAUUCCCAAGACAGCAUUUAGGACUCGUUACGGCCAUUACGAGUUCUUGGUGAUGCCUUUCGGAUUGACAAAUGCUCCAGCAGCGUUUACGGAUCUCAUGAACAGAGUGUUCCGACCUUAUUUGUAUCACUUUGUGAUUGUGUUCAUAGACGACAUCCUGGUUUAUUCUCGAACUUUGGAGGGUCAUAAGAAACAUCUGAGGCUGAUAUUGAAGACUUUGAGAAGGAAAGUGGACUUCCUUGGACAUGUGAUAUCAGCAGAAGGAAUCUAUAUGGACCCUCGUAAAGUAGAAGCAGUUGUGAAUUGGGUGCAACCCACAAGUGUAACAGAGAUACGGAGUUUCUUGGGGUUAGCGGGCUACUAUCGUCGGUUUGUAGAAGGGUUUUCUUCAAUAGCAACACCUCUUACUCAGUUGACGAGGAAGGAUGUUAAAUUUGAGUGGACGGAGGAGUGCGAACAGAGUUUUCAGGAGUUGAAGAAGCGGUUAACCACCGCACCUGUUCUGGCUCUUCCGGAUAACUCGGGGAACUUUGUGAUCUAUAGUGACGCAUCUUUACAAGGCUUGGGAUGUGUUCUGAUGCAACAUGAUCGGGUAAUUGCUUAUGCCUCAAGGCAACUCAAGAAGCACGAGCAGAAUUAUCCUGUCCAUGACUUGGAACUUGCCGCAGUGGUGUUCACUCUCAAAAUCUGGCGGCAUUACCUGUAUGGUGAGACGUGUCAGAUUUUCACUGAUCACAAGAGCCUCAAGUACUUUUUCACUAAGAGGGAGUUGAAUAUGAGACAGCGGCGUUGGCUGGAAUUGAUUAAGGACUAUGACUGUACGAUUGAGUAUCAUCCCGGCCGAGCUAAUGUGGUAGCUGAUGCACUAAGUAGGAAUGUUGGUGGAAGUCUAGCUCAUCUCAGAAUGGUCUAUCUUCCGUUAUUGGUAGAACUGCGGAAGGAUGGUGUGGAUUUGGAAAUGACUCCUCGGGGAGGAAUGCUUGCUAGUGUGCAUGUGAGGCCUAUUCUGGUUGAGCGGGUGAUCGCAGCACAAUUGGGAGAUCCUAAUCUUUGUGUGAUAAGGUCGGAAGUAGAGAAUGGUACACGGACGAAGUAUGCAAUAAGAAAGGAUGGAGCUUUGGUGACUGGAACUUGUCUUUGUGUACCCAAGAACAAUGAAGACUUGAGAAGGGAAAUCAUGGAAGAAGCUCACUGUUCUACUUACUCUAUGCAUCCGGGUAGUACUAAGAUGUAUCGGACUCUACGUGAGUACUACUCGUGGCCGCAUAUGAAGGGGGAUAUUGCUAAGUAUGUGCGCAGGUGUCUGAUUUGUCAACAAGUGAAAGCGGAACAGCAGAAACCGUCCGUACUCAUGCAACCACUUCCGAUCCCUGAAUGGAAGUGGGAGCUUAUCACAAUGGACUUCGUUUUCAAACUUCCACGUACUUCCAAAGGGCAUGACGGAAUUUGGGUGAUAGUUGACAGACUCACCAAAUCCGCCCAUUUUCUACCUAUAAAGGAAACCUAUUCCUUGUCAAGGCUGGCAAAACUCUUUGUGGAUGAGAUCGUGAGGUUGCACGGAGCUCCUAUGUCUAUUGUAUCGGACAGGGAUGCAAGGUUCACAUCUCAUUUCUAG